CUGUCUCGUGUGAACAGCUGUUGAGUGCAUGUGUUUGUUGACAGUUGUCGUAAACCUAUCCAUACAUACCUCGACACUAAUAUUUACAUGUGAUUCAAGCCAUGGCUCACCACAUGAAGACAUUGCUCAAGAGUGCCACCAAUGGGCGCGAUGUCCGCUUUGGCAGAUGGAUCCACUCGACCACCACAUCUCACCGUAUCUUCAGCUGGAAUCAGAUGCUUGUCAUGACUAAUAUCAAUGAAACCAUUGGUUCCCAAUUAGAGACCACACAUAAGAGUCAAUCUCUCUUUAACAACAAGAACUUAAUAUCAAUGACCGAAAAGGGUUUAUAUAUUUUGAUGCCAUUAGUGGUGAAAGCGAUGGACAAAUUGGUUGAUAUAAUCAAUGACGAGAUGUUAGCCAUAAAGGCACAGAAGAUAUCGAUGCCAUCACUCGUGUCUAAACGACUUUGGGAUAAAUCAGGUCGUUGGAGUGAAUCGAGAGAAGAGCUCUUUAGGCUAAAAGACAGACAAAAUACUGACUUAUGUUUAGCUCCCACUCACGAAGAAGUUGUCACUCAUUUAAUAUCAGCGGCUAAACACUUGACUGAAAACCAUUUACCCAUUUAUUUGUAUCAAAUCAGCUCUAAAUUUAGGGAUGAAUUGAAGGCAAAACACGGAUUAUUGAGAGGACGCGAGUUUGUAAUGAAAGGGGAAGACGAGGUCUUCAAAUGCAACUCAUGUGACAAAGCAUUCAAUGCAGAACUGAUAGCCACUCGACAAGAGGUGGAGUGUAUGUUCUGCAGUAGUCAUGACUUAACCAAAUUCAAUGCCAUAGAAGUGGGACAUACUUUCCUUCUUGGGAACAGAUAUUCUGAAAAAUUUGACGCAAAAUAUACAGCGAAUGAAACGAAAGCCAAAAACAUAUACUCGAUGGGAUGCUAUGGGUUGGGUGUGAGUCGGAUAUUAGCCGCUUCUGUGGAAGUGUUGUCUGAAAAUCACUCAAUUCGAUGGCCCUAUGCUUUGGCGCCUUUCAAAGUGUGCUUAGUUUUGCCAAAAAAAGGCAGCAAAGAAGACGUUUCCAAUGGAACCGCAUUUACACAGGAUUUUGCCAAUUGUUUGUCAAAUGUGUUGAAUGAAGAUAUUCUGGUCGACGACAGAAUUAAUCAGACAAUUGGUAGACGACUGGCCGGUUUGGAAACGUUAGGCAUUCCCUAUACGAUAAUUGGCGGCAAACGAAUCACUGAUGAAAUGCCCAAAUUUGAAGUGAUUGACAAUCAAACGAAAAAUAACUAUUUAAUGACUCAAUUAGAAUGCAUUCAGUUCUUAGAAAGUGUUUUAUAA